CCUUGAAUUUCACAAGUCAGUCGGGCUGAGUCAUGAUUUUCGUCUAAAUUUAUCGCAGUUUUUCUUGUCGCAUACAAAAUGGGGUUUCGACCCAAGAUUCUGCUCUUGGCUGUGAUCAUCACCACGGUCUUGCUUUGUAGCUCAGUGGCAGACGCCAAAGACUCGACAGGAACGAAGCAACGAUCGGGGUCCAAAGUCCCACUGUCCCCAAAUGCUCGACUUCGCGGACAACAACAGCAAAAACAACGAGAUGUUUUCUUCGCAGCUUAUCAAAUCGGGGAAGGUAUUCCGAGAUGGAUUUGGUUAACGUGCUUGUGGUCAAUCCUGCUUUUGGCGUGCACAGUCGUCGCAGUUUCAUACGUGCUCGGAGCAGUUUUCCACGUCUUCAGCAAAGAUAUCAAAUUGAGUUUCGAAAAGCCAGUGAGUGAAGAUCGUCACUUCCGACAAUUA